GAAGCCUUCGUCGCGAAAACCUCGAUGCUAACUCCUCACAAAAUUUCUUUACUGAUUUUAAUUGAAGCAUAUUGGGAAAUAAUAGAAACAGAUUCUACAACACCAGAAAAACUCGAACCAUUGCUAUUCUUUCUUAUAGAAAAGAUUUCGGAUGAACAACGUUUUCCAGAACCUACACUGAAAGAACUCUGUGAUGAACUUACCAAAAUAUCUGAUAACACAGAUAACACAACAAAUAACUUUAGUGAAAUUUUAUUGGCAAAGUUAGUGAUUAUAGUUACUCCCCAUGAGCUUACUUUUUCGAUUAAGGAAAUGAAAAGGUUUUUUACCCGCGACGCAGAACUUUUCCUGAGAAAAUAUAGUUUAUUAGGAAUAUUUGUUCGACGUUGCAUCCUUGAAAUGAACAAAUUGAUGUUUGAUGAUAUAAGUCGAUUGUAUAAUGCUUUCAUCGAAUACAGAGAUAAACGUACAACGAAACCAAGUACUUUAUUCAUGAAAGAUGCAUACGUUCCCCUUGAAGUUUCAGAAAUGACAGAAUUAGCUCAACGAUUUCAUAUGCAUAAACAAGAGUUAAUUCCCAAAAAUGAUGCAGAAUCAUUCUCUCAUUAUGUUAUUACUCAACUUCGCAAAUAUGGUGGAAUUUUACCUUUAGAAAUUGAGGAGAAACUCCGAAAAAUACACGAUAGAAUUCCAGAAAUUUCAUCAAUAUAUUAUAUAGAAUUCGUAAAGUAUAUGCAAACCGGGGAGUAUGAAGGAGCUUUAACCAACUUCUAUAAAUACUCGAAUUUUUGUCCUGAUGACCCAGAAAAUAGGAGCUGGUAUCAAUAUGUUCUGUUAAAUUUGGUUGUUCUCCAUGCCAAAUUUGGACAUAAAGAACAAGCCAUAUUGGCUAUCCGAGAAGCAAUCGAAAUGGCUCGUGAAAACAAUGAUCAAGAGUGUCUGCGAUUUGCUUUAAGCUGGCUGUAUCGAUUGAAAUCAUCUGAUCAGACAACAGGAACGCAUGUUAGUGCAUCCGAACAACAGAUGUUAGAAUCACUUAUAAGUAAAGCUAAACAAGCCAAUUUCAUGUAUUUACAAGCUCUGGGAGAACUAGGAAAGUCACAACGGCAAAUUCAACAGGGAUCUCCACCAACCGAAGUAUUUGAAUCAUUACUUAGGAGUUCUGUAUUGAACAUGAAUUGUCCAUUUAAAACAAUGCGAUUUCAAGGACAUUUAUUGAACGCUAGUGUAUGGCAAACUUAUGGCAGCGAUACCUUAGCAAAUUUGUUUACUAAUGAAGUUAUCAAUAAUCCCGAUCCUAGUCCAGAAGAUCGUGUGACUGCUAUAUGCCAACUUGCAGAUAAUCAUGUUUCGCAUGGUAAUUAUUUGAAUGCUUUUGAAGUUCUUGCAAAGUCAAAAGUACGUUUCAAUGGCAUAAGAAGAGCAGUCUCGCAAUGGGUCUUUUGCUUUGAAAAAUUAAUGUAUCAAAAGAGCUUUAAUCGUGAUGAAAUUUUUAAUAUUGGAGCUAUCGAACAUCAAAUUCGCGCCUGUUGUCAAGAUGAUGAUCUUUUCCGUGCAGAUUUUGAAUUUAACAGAGCUCUUUAUUUAGCUAAAACUGAUCGACCUGACGAGGGAGUGGAUGUCCUACAUAAAUUAAUCAAUCAGAGUUGCAGGAUAGGUAACCAAAAUCAAAUGUUGGUAGCUAAUUAUUUACUCAAAAUUGCUGAAAUUCGCAUAGAGACGGAAGAUCUCACUUCUGCUCUUCCCUAUGUUUUAAGUUCGCUUUGCUUAAGUGAGCGAUUUCAUUAUCAAAGUAGUUAUUUCUUGGCCAUUAUAAGGCUUGCGCAGAUCUUGCUUAAUUUCGAAUUAGCUGGUAGAGCAAGAUCGAUGAUUGAAAAAAUUAUGCCAGUGAUUCUUGCAGAACAUUCACUUCAUCUACAGUCAAUUGCACAAUACAUUUAUGCACAGUGCUUGAUUGCAUGUAUUAACCAAGAUUUACAAGCAAAUAGGAAACAAUCUAUCAAUUGGCAAGAUGUGUUGUAUGCACUUGACGCUUCGCGAAUAGGAUUUAAGGAUUUAGAAUCAAUUUCGGAACUGCUUAAUGUUCUUCAAUUAAUGUCUUAUAUAUAUAAUAUAAAAGGGGACAUUAUUAUGCGAAAUAGAUGUGCAGAAGAAUUUAGGAUUUUGGUGAUGCUACAAGAGAAAAAUAAAAGAAAACAACCAGAUUGGAAUAUGACAUAUUAUUCCCGUUAUAUACAAUUGAAUCAACAAGGGCAGGAAUAUCAUGACAAUGGUAAUUGAAAACUAUACAGAAGAAUCAUCAACAUUUAAGAUUAAUGAAUUGAUAAAAAUGUAAUUAGAAAUUCCGAUGCGGAUAAAUUAAGAACUUUAAGCUACCCUUUUCUUUAGUUUUUUUUAAAGGUCUUUUACUAGUUAGAAUAUUGUAUAAUUAUUAAGAGGAAUAGUAAAAAUAAAGUAAUAC